AUAUACCCUCGUCAUCCGUCCUACGUGUAUCAGUAGAAAUAGCCGAAACUACCAACAGAGAAUACAGUUCCAACGACUCAGUUUGUCGUCCACGUCCAAACGCUGCAGAGUGCUGCUGCAGGUCCCUUGUUUCUUCUAGUUACGUUUUUAGUGAAACAGAAAAAAAUCCACAUAGUUAAGACAUAAGGCGUUAAAGUAAUCCACAGAAUAUAACUGAAAGAUUUGCGUGCCCAUAGUACCGCAAUAAUCGACCGAUCAUGUCAACCGAACGCCCGCUAGAUGUGAUCAUUUUCGGUGCAACCGGUUUCACCGGCAAGUACACCAUCUACGAGGGAAUCAAGCUCCUGGAGGGCCUCAAAUGGGGCGUCGCCGGUCGGAGCAAGGACAAACUUGCAAAAAUCCUCACCGAAAUUGGAAAAAAGGCCGAUAAGGAUCUCUCGGAAACGCCAACGGUGGUCGCCGACGUCAAAGAUCCAGACUCGCUGAAGAAAAUGGCCGAACAGUGCCGGAUUGUGGUCAACUGCUGUGGUCCGUAUCGGUUCUAUGGCGAACCGGUUGUUAAGGCUUGCAUCGAAGCCGGCACCCACCACGUGGAUGUCAGCGGUGAACCCCAAUACAUGGAACGCAUGCAACUUCAGUACAAUGAGCAAGCACAGGAAAAGGGGGUUUACGUUGUUUCCGCUUGCGGUUUUGACAGUAUUCCGGCGGACUUGGGGACGGUGUUUCUGGAGAAGAAAUUCGAUGGAACGGUUAAUUCUGUAGAAACCUUUUUGGAAACAUCAUCUUCGAAGUCAGAUGGGGGAGCUGUCCUUCACUAUGGAACGUGGGAGUCGGCCAUCUAUGGAUUAGCGCAUGCCAACGAGUUGCGUGGAUUGAGAAGCCAACUGUUUCAAUCAAGGCUUCCCAAUUUUCAGCCACGUUUGAAGGAUCGCCCACUGCUGCACAAAAAUAAGUUAGUCAACAAUCGUUGGUGCCUUCCCUUCCCCGGGUCCGAUCGGUCGGUGGUAAUGCGAUCGCAGCGUUAUUUCUAUGAUAACGACAAGAAGAGGCCAAUACAGAUGAAAGCCUAUGUUUCUUUUGGAUCAAUCUUCCAAGUGCUGGCCGUUAUUCUAGUUGGUGCUGUAUUUGGUAUCAUGGCUCGGUUCAAGCUUGGACGGCAGCUACUAUUGAAGUACCCAAAACUAUUCUCGGGCGGUUUCGUAUCGCAUGAGGGGCCCUCGGAGGAAAUGAUGAAGAGCACCGAAUUUACCAUGUACUUCAACGGUGAGGGAUGGAACCGAGAUGAAGACCAACUGGAACCGUCCGACCAGUUCAAGGUGCCACCGAAUAAGAAGCUCAAAGUAAAGGUGUCUGGUACCAAUCCUGGUUAUGGAGCUACCUGUGUGGCCCUGAUCCUUUCGGCAACGACCAUUCUUAAGCAGAGCGAUAAAAUGCCUUCCACUGGAGGAGUAUUUGCACCUGGAGCUGCAUACUACAAGACUAACCUGAUUGAGGAGCUCUGCAAGAAUGGAUUCAAAUUUGAGCUGGUUGAAUGAGGAGGAUAUAUUAUUAUAAUUUCCAUUCAAACUGAAUUCGUUUCGAAUAUGUUUAUAACUUAAUUUAUACUAAAAAAAACUGCAUUACAUAGACAUAAGAACACAAAACAUGAUAACAUCCUUUUUGAUCGCUUAUAUUCUUGUAUGAAGACUGUUGGUUGCUUGAUUCUAAAAUAUAUUUAACAUACAUGGAA